UUUUGUGGGUUCCUAAGCAAAGAAUAAGUUAAGUUCAGUGGUUACUUAAUCUGUUUCUUUAAUUUUUACUCAUUGGUGAGAUACUUAGCAAAACUGAGAAGAUGAGCAAAGAAAAGCAGGGUUGUUAUGGAAAGAAGGGUUCCUGUGAUGUGAGUGGUGGCAAAGUGGUGGUGGUUGCAGUUAAGGCUUCGGCAGAAACUUCAAGGAAAUGUUUGGUAUGGGCUUUGACUCAUGUUGCUCAACCAGGGGAUUGCAUUAAGCUGUUGCUCGUUAUUCCGGCUAUCACCACCUCAAACAAUAGGGUUUCAGGAUUCUCAAGACUUGCUACUACGUGUAUUACUAAUCAGUGGAGAUCCUCUUUUGGAAGUGCUUCAGAUCAGAAAGAAGUUAGUGUAAAAUCCUGUUCUCAAAUGGUGCUCCAACUUCAUGACUUGUAUGAUCCAGAGAAGAUAAAGAUCAGAAUAAAGGUUCUUUCUGGUUCUUCAUGUGGAGUAGUGGCUGCUGAAGCCAAGAAAGUCCAAUCAAGCUGGGUUAUAUUGGACAGAAAGUUGAAAAAUGAAAAGAAACACUGCAUGGAGGAGCUGAGUUGCAACACUGUAAUCAUGGGGCUAUUUGGGCCAAAGGUUUUAAGAUUGAAUUUGAAUUUUAACAGUUCACCAAAUGUGGAAAUUAUAGGGAAGCUGAAAGCAUUUCCAAGAAACUUCAAAGAAAAGUCUGACUUGACUGCAACUAACAUUGAAACAUUAUCACCAUUAAGCUCAGACCCUGGGAAUUCACCUUUUUCUCACUGUGGUGAAAAUGUCAGACAAAGGAGAGAUCUGGAGGAAAGUGAAUCUGAUUCAGAGAUGGAAAUAUUGAAUUUAUCAUCCAAAAGUUCAUCUUUCCAGCCAUGGAUUUCAAAUGCAAUAUGCAUCCAUUCCACUGAUGAGGCAUUGGUUUCUACCAGCCAAACAUUGCUUCAAGACUUCCCAAAAUUAGAUCAAGAUCCUAUUUUAGGAAAGCUUAAUUGCAAGCUUGAUGUGAACUUAAGCAGAAGUGUUAGAGAAGCCAUUUCUCUAUCCAGAAAUGCCCCUCCUGACACUCCCCCAUUGUGCUCUAUUUGUCAGCAUAAGGCACCUGUAUUUGGGAAUCCUCCAAAAUGGUUUACAUUUGCCGAAUUGCAACUUGCCACUGAUGGAUUUUCACAAGCAAAUUUUCUGGCUGAAGGUGAAUUUGGUUCUGUCCACCGUGGUGUCCUACCUGAUGGCCAGGUCAUUGCUGUCAAGCAGUGUAAAUUAGCUAGUACUGAAGGUGAUGGAGAAUUUUGCUCAGAAGUAGAGGUCUUAAGCUGUGCACAACAUCGUAAUGUUGUGACGUUAAUUGGGUUUUGUGUGGAGGAUGGAAGAAGACUGCUAGUUUAUGAAUACAUCUGCAAUGGAUCUCUAUAUUCUCAUCUUCAUGGAGAAAAGCAGAAUGUGCUGAAAUGGUCUGCACGUCAAAGAAUAGCAGUGGGAGCAGCUCGUGGUUUGAGAUACCUUCAUGAAGAAUGUAGAGUGGGUUGUAUUGUCCACCGUGACAUGAGGCCUAACAAUAUUCUGCUCACUCAUGACUUUGAAGCAUUGGUGGGAGAUUUUGGAGUUGCAAGGUGGCAGCCAGAUGGUGAAAUGGGUGUGGAAACCAGGGUGAUAGGGACAUUUGGGUAUUUGGCUCCAGAAUAUACCCAAAGUGGUCAAAUCACUGAAAAAGCAGAUGUGUACUCCUUUGGAGUAGUACUACUGGAGCUUGUUACAGGACAGAAAGCUGUGGAUAUGAACAAGCCCAAAGGGCAGCAAUGUCUUCAUGAAUGGGCACGCCCAUUGCUUGAGGGAAAUGCCAUUGAUAAAGUGGUUGAUCCAAGAAUAACAAACUGCAGUGUUGAUCAAGAGGUUCAUCGCAUGCUGAAAUGUGCCUCAUUGUGCAUCCAGCAAGAUCCUCAUUUAAGACCACGAAUGUCACAGGUGCUCCGGAUGCUUGAAGGUGAUAUUUUGACGUGAUUGCUUACCUCCUUUUCAUUCUGAGAACAAUAGUGCAAGGCAUAAAGGAUAAUAAGAAGCAUGUAGAAUGUCAUAUGGCAACAUUUGAGAGGAAUUAAGAAGUUGAAGAUGCCCCUGCUCAUUCUGAAGCAAAAAAAAGUAUAUUGGAAGUGCAGAGAUGUUCCUUGCUUCUCAAAAGAAGUUUGGAAACCGGAGUGGGUGCUCACUAGCAUGAUUAAAGUGUUAUGUUAGAGAAGUGAUGAACUAAGAUACACAAUAUAAUAUUGUUGAUUGACAGGGGAGAGUGUAGAGAGAACAUAAAACUGAGAACACCUCAGUAACAAGAGAAAAAUCAAACCAACUUUUUUUUUUUUUAUAGGCCACUAUUUAUUUACAAUAUAUAUUUUCUGAAGCGCGUGCUACAUUGGCACUUCACAAUGCAAUUAGGUUUUAUUUUACCACAUCAACAUGUUUAUUUAUGUGUCACCUCUAAAUUUUUUA